AUCGUCUCUUUCAGAUCAAUCCGAUUACGAUCGCUCUUGAACUUUCAUCAUCACCGGAGAAAAUAAUCCAAACCCAGCUCGAGAAAAAUGCAUGAUUUUUGCUUCACUAUCCCGUACGGGAUGCUUCUCAUCGGCGGAGGAUUUAUCGGGUAUAUGAAGAAAGGAAGUAUAACAUCUUUCGCCGGAGGUGCAGGCACUGGGUUAUUACUCAUCCUUGCUGGUUAUAUCAGUCUCAAAGCUUUUGAGAAGAAGAAGAAUUCCUCUAUUGCUAUGGUUCUUCAGACAGUCAUCGCAGCUGCUCUCACUCUAGUCAUGGGACAGCGUUACUUGCUGACUGGAAAGAUUAUGCCGGCUGGUUUGGUUGCUGGGAUCAGUGCUCUCAUGACCUGUUUUUACGUAUACAAGAUCGCGACUGGUGGCAAUAAAUUCCCAUCAAAAGCUGAAUGAUGGUUAUGCAACUCUGUUUUUUCGUGGAUGCAGAUGAUACUCUCCGUUGUUGAAUUUGUCGAUUAGAAAUCUCUUUGGUGUAGAAAAUGCUGCUGUCAUAACGCCUUAAUAGCUUGUAUUAGUCAAAGAACUGCAUAUGGUCUUGUGUUUUCUUGUCAUCGUGUUUUUGUAACCACAAACUGUUUUGAGCAAUACUACUAUAUAUAUGAGAUAUAUCUGCCGUUUUGAUACACACUUGGGAUCUGAGGAUGAGCACAUCGUAAAACAAAAUAGAAGUUGAUCC